AACAACGGCGUCAGAAAGGCUGGACGAUGUCCGACUUUGACAGCAACCCGUUUGCAGACCCGGACUUCAGCAACCCCUUCCAGGAUCCCUCGGUGACGCAGGUGACAGGGUCUGCCCCUCCUGGUGGUCUGGAGGAGUAUAACCCCUUCACAGACGCCAGAACGGCGCCCCCUGGGGAUGCCCCCAAAGAUGCCCCUUCCCCGUCGCAGCAGAACACACAACCUGCCAUCAUGAAGCCCACAGAAGAGCCACCGGCUUACUCGCAGCAACAGACUCAGCUCAUCUGUUUUCCGAUGGCCCAACAGCAGCGUAAUGAGGACCAGGCACGCGUUCAGGCUGAGUUGUUGAGGAGGCAGGACGAGCUGGAGAAGAAAGCAGCAGAGCUCGAUCGUCGGGAGAGAGAGUUACAGUCCCACGGGGCCGCGGGAGGCCGUAAGAACAACUGGCCUCCGCUGCCGGAGAAGUUCCCCGUUGGCCAGUGCUUCUACCACGACAUCGCGGUGGAUAUUCCUGUGGAGUUCCAAAAGACCGUCAAGAUCAUGUACAACCUUUGGAUGUUUCAUGCGGGCACGCUCUUUGUGAACAUGUUUGGCUGCCUGGCCUGGUUCUGCGUGGACGCGACCCGCGGCGUCGACUUCGGCCUGGCGCUGCUGUGGUUCCUGCUGUUUAAGCCCUGCUCGUUCGUCUGCUGGUACAGACCGCUGUACGGGGCCUUCAGGAGUGACAGUUCAUUCCGCUUCUUUGUCUUCUUCUUCGUCUAUAUCUGUCAGUUCGGGGUUCACGUUCUACAAACUAUCGGCAUCGCCGGCUGGGGGACGUGCGGUUGGAUCGCAGCCUUGACCGGCCUGAACGCCAGCAUCCCGGUGGGCAUCAUCAUGUUACUGAUUGCGGCGCUCUUCACCGCGCUGUCCGUGGGCUCGCUCAUUAUGUUUAAAAAGGUGCACACGCUGUAUCGCACCACCGGCGCCAGCUUCGAGAAGGCUCAGCAGGAGUUCGCCACCGGGGUCAUGUCCAACAAGACCGUCCAGACUGCGGCGGCCAACGCCGCGGCCAACGCCGCGACCAACGCUGCCCGCGGGGCCUUCAAACCUCAGCCAUAAACUGACCCAACCACAACACACACACACACUCACAAGUUGGGGAUGCACAACUCUGGCAAAUUGGUUCUGUUUGUGAACGCUGUCCCGACAAAUUUCAGUCCGAGGAAACGGCCGAGACGGAGUCAGAUUAAGUCACCAGAGUUGUCCACCUUCACUUCCAAUCCCAGUGUCACCGCCCACAUUCUUCCCGUCUACUUCUGACUCGAGGCGUGCCCCCCCCUCCCUCCCUCAAACAGCCUCCUGCCAGGUUCAUACAGGACAGUUAUGAAGAGUGAUAAUCCGAUCAUGUUGUUUUUGGUCACAUGCCAAAUGUACAGUGAAAGUUUGCCCUCCGUGUGGAUGUGCAGUUUGGGGGGGGGGGGGGGGGGUAAUCCACAGUUUGGGCAUUUCAAUCUAAAACGUAAAUUGUUCCUUGUCCUACAUCUGCGCUCCGACUCUGAGACAAACCACAUCUUUCACAUGAGUAGUUGCGCCACCUGUCGGCCGAGCAACUGUUCCCGCUCGUGUGUGCGUGUGCUCCUCUGACCGACAACGUGGGCGGAGCCAGCCUCUCUGUGGCUUCCCGCGGUUCGACAGCGUGAUGGUUAUGCCGAUGACGUGCAUGUUCAGCUCCCUCGAGGCAGCCAGGUGGCGGUUGAGUUGGUUAUCUGGUGGUUUUCUGUGAGAAGUGAGCCGUGAAGUUACGGCAUGUCCCCAAAGUGGAUGUUUGACUGAUGAGUGGAAAUAUUUGUGAGGACACGCUGAACGACCAGGUCAGCGGAGGUCAAGACCAGGUCAAGAGAGGUCCAGUCAGAUGAUUUCAUGGCUCUGGGGCACUAAAGGAGUAACUUUGCAUUUCCCUUUACGUAUGUGUGACAUUAACAGACUGCUAUGUGGCUCCAUCCCUGUCGUUUGAUUUUAGCGGCCCGUCACUCCUGGUUCAAAACUUAACGCUGCUGUGAAUCUGAGGGCCGCUGGGUUGAAGCCUCCCACUGUCCUGCAGUUAGGAUCCUGUGUGUGUGUGAGGACAGACUAACCAGGCCCUUUUUACAGAAAGACAGAAGCCCGUAUGCGUUUCCCUCUGUGUUGGAUUACUUGAAAUGAGCAUUGCGAUAACAGGUUUGAAUGUGAUGGACGUUAAUUAAUUCCUAUAAUAACCAAGUUGUUCUCACGACUGUCACUUAAGUGAAAGAUGGACCGUGGGUCACACUUGUGUCUCACUCCGGCGCCUGAAGACGUGACGGAUGACUGACGAUGAUUAGCGCUGCUGUUGUUACCAAUGUAUGUUCAUCAGCUAGAUUGUACGGUGACUUUGCAACUUGACCCUGGAAGAGGUGCGCUUGUAUGGAUGAGGAAGUGUGUCGCGUGGGUAUGAAAGGCAAGAAGAAACUAACGUGAACAUCAUCUCCCUCAAGUGUUAUGUCCUGAAAAGCUGUGAGAAAUCUACCAAAUGUCCAUUAAGAUUAUUGUUUUAUUUUGUAAAUCUUGGUUUGUGAUUUGCUCCCUUGCCAGGUUUACUUUUAAGAUUAUUACACAACUUUUCUUUGUGACAAACACUCACUUGAUUCCCAUGGAUCCAUAGUUGUAAAAUGAAGCCAUGACACCAUGGGAAAUUAUUAUGACACAAAACUGUGUUUUUGACCUGUGACCACGGUAUUUCACUGGAUCAGAGCUCCUUCAAAAAAAAGGGACACUUGUAUAUUUUGUAAAGUUAAAAAUGUGAUCCCCAUUAUCAAUCACAUGUAAAAAGAACAAAAUGUAACGCACUCUCGUCUGGCCUUCGUUGCAUGUGAAAUAGUUUGAGUUUUGUAUAUUUAUGGUAUUAACAUGAAAUAAAAUUUUAAAUAAAUAUUGCUUUCAGAGA